AUGGGGCGGCGGCGGCGGGGGGCGCUGCCGGAGCCGGCGAGCGGCGGCUGCUGCUGCUGCCUGGCGGCGGCGCUGCCGCUGCUGCUGCUGCUGCUGCCCGCCGGGUGCCCGGUGCGGGCGCAGAACGACACGGAGCCCAUCGUCCUGGAGGGGAAGUGCCUGGUGGUGUGCGACUCCAGCCCCUCGGCCGACGGCGCCAUCACCUCCUCCCUCGGGAUUUCGGUGCGCUCGGGCAGCGCCAAGGUGGCCUUCUCGGCCACCCGCAGCACCAACCAUGAGCCCUCCGAGAUGAGCAACCGCACCAUGACCAUCUAUUUCGACCAGGUAUUAGUUAAUAUUGGCAACCAUUUUGAUCUUGCUUCCAGUAUAUUUGUAGCACCAAGGAAAGGCAUAUAUAGUUUCAGUUUCCACGUGGUCAAGGUCUAUAACAGACAAACUAUCCAGGUAAGUUUAAUGCAAAACGGCUACCCAGUGAUUUCAGCUUUUGCAGGGGAUCAGGACGUCACCAGAGAAGCAGCCAGCAAUGGAGUCUUGCUCCUCAUGGAAAGAGAAGACAAAGUGCAUCUCAAACUGGAAAGGGGUAACCUCAUGGGAGGGUGGAAAUAUUCAACCUUUUCUGGCUUCUUAGUCUUUCCACUAUAAAAGGAGACCAAAUAGGAGACAGAUUCAUAAGCUGGAGCAAGGAUUAAAUUGUUAACAACACCCUGGACUUGGCAGCACAUGACAGUAUUUCCAGUCACCCCAUCAGACUGUCACAGUAGAAGAGUGAUAACCUUCUAACUCCAAUGUUUGCUUUGAAUAUUGACAAUUCCUCAAGAACCUGCGCCUCUAAUUAGUUUUAGACAACAGUGAUCUUUAGGAGAAAUGAAAUUAUCGACCUGAGCAAUUUGUACCUGUGAUUGUAAAGUCAAUUUUGGAUUUUAUUGUUGACUUUCUUAUUAUUUUUAAUUUUUUUUCCUGUCUUUCAUUUUUUCCCUCUUUUUCGUGUCCCAAGGAGACAAAUAACUCGGACCACACAAUUGCUUUGUCAAAGGCUCGCUCCAGAGCCAGAAGAAUGAAGUAUUUGGCCCAAUGAAGUAUUUUUUUUUUUCCAUGCUUUAUUUCUUUGUGUUGUAUAGCCUUAAGAGAAAAAAAAAAAAGAAAAAAAAAAGGAAAAAAGGAAAAAAAAAUACUUCAGUCUCAGUCCUGUAUUUUUCUGGGGGAGGGGGAUUCUGGACAUUACUGUGUCAAGAAGUGCUUUAUCCAGUGAAGCAAAAUUUGCACGAUUGGAACCUUAUUUGUUUUGUGUUGUUUGUAUUUUUCAUUGACUUUUUCUUUUUCCUGAUUUUUGUUUGUGUGUGCUAAAAAUGUAAGCUAGAGUGAUCAAUAAGAGCAAAGCACAUAUAUACCCUGUAGCUCUAAGUAAAGCUAACCAGUGAACAAUUCUGUCUGCACUUUCCAACUGAUCUUUUUAGACCUAUUUAGAGAGAGAAAGAGAGAGAAAGAGCGAGAGAGCUACAUGAUCCUUCAAUUACAAUCUGGAAACCAGUAAAGGAACUGACAUUUCUGAAUUGUCCUGACAUUUCUAGAAGCAGCAAUGGAGGCUUUGAAUAUCUUCUCUGACCAUACCCUAAAAUAUAUCCUUUCUUUGCAUUGCCAAACAUAUUUUGGGUGCUUUUAUCUGAUACUUAUUUGAUGUAUUUGUCCACUAAUGCGUGAGUAUAUAUUGUGUGAGCAUGGAAAGACGGCAAAGCAUACUAAUCCUCUUCCAAAUUAAAUAAAACCAUCUCCACUUGACCUUUCCAUCGCAAGUAUCAGAGGAAUUGCCUCUAACAGCUUUGGCAGCCUUUGGGAGAGGUGCCUCAGAGGAUGAACAAAUGUACCAGAAGCUGCAUGGGUGCCAUGCAUUUAUUAGCUGUAUGUGUUCUUCCCAAUAUAAAUGGUCUCAGAGUUCUGAGGCUGGACCGAUGUUGAUAUUGGAGGUUAGGAGAAGUUAUUAUCCCAAUUGACAAGAAAUAAAAUAUCAGACCAAUGUCAAUUGCAUCCUUUUGCCUCAUUCUCAAUAAACAGAUUUUUAUUUUUUUUAAUGAAGAUUGGUGUAUUAGUGUGCUGAGAAAAAUCUUGCUUGAGGAGAUCUAGGAAGAUUGUUUAAGUUAUUUUGUAUUAUUUUUAUCUUAAUUUAUUUCAUUGAAAUAUUUUGUCUUGCUAUUAAUCCCAUGAGAGUGGAUGUGUAUAAGAAUUUAUUUUUGUCAAAUCACUCCUCUGCCACAAAGAAAUAUAAUGCAAAGGCAUUUGCAGCAAAUCAAUGGUAGCUAUGUUGUAUUUUGAAACUAUGGUGGACAUGUCAUUUUCAUUGUAAAUUUAUCA